UUGUGCCGAGACUCGUCGUUAUGUUCAAGAAGUUGAACUUUUAAUUAUUGAUGAAAUUCAUUUAUUGGGUGUUGAAAGAGGUGCAGUACUUGAAGCAAUUAAUAAAAACGCUUGCUCGCCGGCGUGAACUUGCCAAAUUGCCAAUUCGAAUAAUUGGUCUUUCUACAGCUUUGGCAAAUGCUGGGGAUGUAGCAGAUUGGAUUGGGGUUCCAGACUCUGCAUUAUUCAAUUUUAGACCAAGUGUACGUCCCGUACCAAUUCAAGUACACAUUCAAGGAUUUCCUGGUCAACAUUAUUGUCCUCGUAUGGGAUUGAUGAAUAAACCGGCAUUUCAAUAUAUCAAACAAUUUUCUCCUUCAAAACCUGUUCUCAUUUUUGUUGCUAGCCGUAGACAAACAAGAUUAACUUCAAUGGCUUUACUUUCACUUUUACAACGUGAACCAGAUUCGAAACAGCAUCAAUGGUUAAAAAUGGAACAGUUAGAAUUGGAAACAUUAUUAAAGGAUGUUCGGGAUGAUAAUUUGGCAUUAACUUUAAAUUAUGGAAUUGGAAUGCAUCAUGCUGGAUUACAACAUUCUGAAAGAGCUCUUGUUGAAAGACUUUUUGUUGAACGAAAAAUUCAAAUAUUGGGUGAGUAUUAUGGAUGGGGCGUGUUGGAGAAAAGUCAAAAAAAUUUUCGGAUCGGGUUGGGAAAAAUCCCGAGUUUCGGCUCGUUUUUUAAGGAGAGUGAAAUAGUCUCCUUAUUUGGAGUCGGGGUUGUUAAAUUGCUUGGAUGGGUCGCUACAGCUACACUCGCUUGGGGAAUAAAUGUUCCAGCUCAUUUAGUAAUUGUUAAAGGGACAGAAUAUUAUGAUGGAAAAACUCAUAAAUAUAUUGACUUUCCAGUCACAGAUGUUCUUCAAAUGAUUGGACGUGCAGGUCGACCACAAUACGACACAUCAGCGGUCGCUGUUGUUUUUGUACAGGAUGUAAAAAAGAAUUUUUACAAACGUUUUUUAUAUGAACCUUUCCCUGUUGAAUCUAAUUUACUUCCUGUUUUACCUAAUCAUGUAAAUGCUGAAAUAUGUUCAGGUUCAAUUGUUAAUCGUCAACAGAUUGUUGAAUAUUUGGCUGGAACUUAUCUUUAUAGACGAUUAUUUGCAAAUCCAGCUUAUUACGGCAUUGAACAAUUAAAUAAUAAAGAAUUGACAACAUUUUUGAGUACAACAGUAGAUUCUUGUUUAGUAGAAUUAUGUGCUUCAUAUUGCAUUCUUCCCGAUUUGGAAAAUGAUGGUUAUAUCCAUUCUACCCCAUUUGGACGUAUUGCUAGUCGUUAUUAUUUGGAGCAUCGAACAAUUCGACAUUUUAAAGAAAGAAUAUGUCAAGGAAUGAGUGUUGAACAACUUUUGCUUUGUUUAACGGAGUGUCCAGAAUAUGAAGAAAUUCCUGUAAGACAUAAUGAAGACCAAAUUAAUAGAGAGAUUCAAGCAUUUCUUCCAAUUAAACUUGAGGUUUCCAAUUGGGAGUCAUCACAUGUAAAAACUCAUUUAUUGUAUCAAGCACACUUCACUCGUAUGCAUCUUCCAGUAGAUUAUAUUACUGAUCAACGUUCUAUUAUUGAAUCUUGCAUUCGUAUUUUACAGUUGGUUGGUUAUUGA